AAGCUGUGCAGGAUUCUAUGCAUCGGCAAAAUCGUGAAUUGAUGAAGAUGAGAAGUGAUCAAGAUGUGAACGGAAGAAUCUCAAUCCUCCGUCUUUUCAUAGUAAAUUUAUAGUUUUACAAGAUGAACGUAGUCGCAAAAAUGGCAGGAAUCGGUGGAAAGACAGGAACCCGGCGGCGAGAUGCAAUCAGAGUGCAAGUUAUGAAAUGUUCCGGCCUGUUGCAACCUGAGUACAAGAGCUUCAGUAUAGACCCUGAAAUCACCAGCUAUGAUAUGCUACAGCUUCUCCUCGUACAAGCAUUUCAACUCAAGAUUGGCUUCACGAUCAGCUACCUAUCACAUGAUGAUAAAGGUCAGGAGGUCUAUCUAUCCAUGUUAUCUGACUGGGAUUUAGAUGCAGCCAUCUGUGGAGCUUCAGAUCCAUGCCUUAGGCUUAAAGUGGAUGCCAAACCAUUUGAUGGACCAGGACUCUUGGAAGACUGGGAUGUAAUAACUGGAAUGGAAGCACCUAUACACAACUCCAAUGAUCGCAGCCAUUCGGUACCACUAGUGGGAGCUUUUAUGGAUCAAGUUGGAAAGACCUUUAAUCGGUUUCAGAAAAUCUUCACAACCAAUGAUGAUUCAAUAGAAAGUGAAAAGUAUGAAAUGCCUAUGAGGCCCCUGGAUGAUCAGGAGUUCUGGUCCUUCCUGGAUCCACUGGGACGUCUUGAGAGACCACAGGAGCUUCGUAUCAGGGUGUACCAGGGAGGUGUGGAAUCGUCCCUGCGCAAGGUAGUCUGGCGCCAUCUCUUGAACAUCUACCCAGAGGGUAUGACAGGGAAUGAGAGGCUGGACUACAUUCGAAUGAAGUCAAGAGAAUAUGAACGGUUGAGAGACAGACUUCAGAACGACCCCAGAGAGGACUUCAAGAACAUUAAGAACAUGGUGCGCAAGGAUGUUCUGCGGACUGAUCGUCUGGAGAAGUUCUAUGCAGGUGGGGAUGAAAACCCCAAUGGUAUUAAGCUGUUCAAUGUCUUGACAACCUACUCACUGUCACAUCCUGAUGUAUCAUACUGCCAAGGUAUGAGUGACCUGGCCUCACCCAUUCUCUAUGUCAUGAAUGAUGAGGCACAGGCCUAUAUUUGCUUUUGCAGUCUGAUGAAACGUCUGAAAGGUAACUUCAUGCCUGAUGGACAUGCCAUGUCCAUCAAGUUCUUGCACCUUACCGAACUUGUUCGCUGUCUAGCUCCAGACUUUUACGAUUACCUCAAAGAGCAGAACGCAGAUGAUCUCUACUUCUGCUAUCGGUGGCUUCUUCUGGAGCUGAAGAGAGAGUUUGCAUUCCAGGAUGCAUUGAGGAUGUUGGAGAUCAUGUGGAGUUCCCUUCCUCCAGAUCCCCCAACAGAUGGUGUUACCCUCAAUGGACCGAUCACGGGGAAUUCCCCUUCAGCAUAUGCAAUUGACAGGGUACGCUUCCGCUUCUCACGUCUCAGGAGCUCUUCCAGGGACAGUCUAGGUAGUCAGAGUAGUUUGAACAAAACUCCACAGUCUGUGGUUGCACACGCAGAUAGCAAUUCCAAAGAACAGAAGAAGGAAGAAGAUCAAAGCAGAGUGAGUGAAACACUCAAGGAAGAAGAUGGUGAGGAGGCAGAUAGUAACAAGAAUGAAGAAGAGGGCGAGGAGAAAGAAUCAUGUGCCACCAAAUCAGAGCCCGUAGAAAAGAAAUCAAAAUCCUCUAAAGCCCAAACGUAUAGAACUGAGUUACAUAUUUCUAUUGAAAAGGAAGAUGUUUCAGAGAGAAGUACUAAUGAAGGUAUUGUGAAUCAUGGCAGAGGGCAAGUUGCAGACAGUGCAAAGAGCCAUCCAACCAGCCUCGCAUUCUACCAGAAAUCCAGUGAUGAUUUGACCACUCCUGGAAGUGAAACCUCUCCUCUCCUCAACUCCUUGCCAAAGUCUCCUCCCAAAUCUCCACAGAGACCUCACCCCAUGUCACCGCUGAGGUUCCCCCGUCAGUCUCCAUCUUCCCCUUCCCGUAGCCUCUACAGAGGCUUGCCCCCUCCUCAAGACUUUGGUGGGGGAAACCCCUUCAUGAUGUUUGUCUGUGCCGCUCUGCUGCUGGGGCACAGCCGCAGGAUCAUGGCCAAUAAGAUGGACUAUAAUGAAAUGGCCAUGCUGUUUGAUCGGAUGGUACGCAAGCACCAUUUGAGCAAGGUAUUACAUCAUGCUAGAGCCUUGUAUCUGGAGUAUCUACAAUCUGAGGCUGCCAAGCCCCAGGUCCAAGUUGUAGGAACCAAAGCAGCUGGGAAAGAUGGACCAACUGGUAUGUCAGGUCUUAAUGGCUCUGCUGCUGCAACAAUCCAAGGCUCUUGUUAAUGUAAUCAGUACAGUGGUAUCCAACUUGUCUAGGCAUGUGUGUAAGUUGGACUCCCUUUAUAGUCUUCAUUAUGCGAGUGAAUGUAUAAAAGAGGCAUGAUAUGUGGGCAUUUUGAUGAAUGUUUGUGCUGUCACAACAGUAGUAACCUUAAACAGUAAACCAGUGAGGUUGAUUUCCAUUGAAAUGGACUCUGUAUCCUGCUUGUGCAUUAAUGUACAUUGCAAUUAUUGGAACUGUACAUGGGCGUUGCUAAUAUCUGUUGUAUAUUUCGGCAAUUAUCACAAGUAAUUGUUAUAAUUCUGGUAUGCAUUACAUGUACAUGCUCUCCUCAAAAUAUGAUCUUCAGUGUACUAUUAAAGUACAUGUACUAAGAUAGUAUUUUCAUGCCGUUAUGAUAUACUUACAUGUAGCUUAGUUAAUUUACUGCCAAAUAGUACAUGAACCAUGCUUUUGAUCGCCUUUGACUUGCUUAUUAUUUAGAUAUAUACAAUACGUAUAUAUAUUCCGUUUUACCCCAAGUGUAAUUGGUUGCCUCAUUUUUCAGACAAAGUCGUCUCCUUUCUCAUUUCAUUUUAGUGGGGAAUUUGAUGAUGCUAGAAUAUUGGUAAUUAUCCUGCCAUGUCAAUACAAAGUGUAAUGGUCUGUGUAAUGCAAACAACUGAUUUUCGAUACAGAGAGUGUUACCUUAUUUACUUGCCCUAACAAACCCAGUAUGUAGGGAAGGGAUGAUGCUUCAAGACUAAUCUUAUGACUGUACUGGAAUAAUCAUGGUUUAUUAUAAUUCCACUGUUAUAUGGUUGUCCUUCAUGCCAUUUCUUGCAGAUGUAUAAUCUGUUUAAGUUUAUCAUGUCAUGUUAUACAUGUAGAUUAGAAGAGAACAUGUCAUUUUUCAAAAAAACAAUGUUUUGUAAUCAUACCGUUGCUGUUGGUCAGUGUGCAGUAGAUCCAAUUCCAAAGACUGGGCUAUUGAAGCAAGUAAAUGUAUUUCCCUUCAUACAUUGCUCCAGUUGCCCCAUGUAUGUGUCCACAUAAUACACAACAUGAAUAGUGAGAUGCAAUGAGAAUUUGUGUCAAUGCGUUUGUGCAUUUGAUGGUUUAAACAGUCAUAGAAGCUAUGUGUUCAUGUCUUGAUGUCUUGAUAUUGACUUGUUUGAGCUGAACUUAUCUGUUAAAUCAUGUUGCAUUCUGCUUACCUUGUCAGGUAAACAGCAAGGUUCAAGCCCAAAUUGUAAAAAUAGUACUCCAGAGAGAUAAAAUUACAGUACUUAGUGGGAUUUCUAUAUUUAUUAGUACCAUGAAGCUUUUGUUUAGUUUGUUAUGAUUAAUUAACUUAACAAGGUAUUUUAUUGAUGUGGUGUAUAUAGUGUAUUUAUCAAGAGUUCCAUAGCACUGGUAACCCAAUUCUCCAUUUUAUUACAUGAUACAUGUAUAUAUUUCGCUUCAAGGAGCAUCUAGAGAGAUCCUACUACCGGUAUUUGUUUUUUCACAUCUUGCCCAGACAUGUGAACAGUUCAAACGUCUGUACCGGCAUCACAUCAUUAUCUACAAUGGAAGCUGAACACUGUGCUUUACAUAUAUCACCUAAACUGUAUCUAAUGUAUUUCAUUACAAAUAUUUAUUGCAAAAGAACUGGAUACGUUGUGAAGUCAGCAUUUUGUUUGUUGAAGAUCCUAACAGUACAAGUAGUUUGAUUAAUAUGUACGGGGCAACGUUCUUCUAAAAGUUGUCUGUAUAUUUCUGAUUAUUUGGGAUGCUCUUAUACAUGUACAUUGUACAAUUAGAUGACUGCCCGCAUUGUAGAGUAUACCAGAAAACUUAUAUUAUUUGUGUCCAAAAAAGCGGAGGACCAGCUUUUCUUAAAUGUCUUUUAAUUCCUUUACAACUUGUAUAUCAGUUUGUUUUAGUAGCACAUAUUAUGUUUUUUUAUCACAGCGACAAUGCAACAUUACUGAACAGUGAUCAUGGUAUUUCAGUGCAGUUGCGAUAUUGUACAUUAAACUUAGUAUAACUAUAUAUCUUUAAUAGUAAAGAUGUAUCAUGUUUUAUUUUUCUAUAGAGUCUAUGUGCAAUGUACAAAUGAAUGUUAUAUCACUAUCAGCACCGAGUAUGAGAAAAACCACUGUACAAUACUGUGGAUCCCUUUUAAUUGGACGUGCCCAUAUUGAUCCGCAUUCCUUGCUUCUAUAAUCAAUCCGUUGAGAUGACACACCUAAUACAAUCACAGAUGUUCAUGUUAGCUAACCUUUAAUCUUACGGUGAUUAUACUAACUGGGUGGAUAGCCACAUGAAGAGAUAAAUUGGGCAAAAAUAUAAUUUUCUUCAAAAUGUGACUGAUGAUGUGAUUAUUUUGAAUGGUGUGAAAGCUAGCAUAGCGAUCCAAAUGAUUGUAUAAACUAUGCCUCCCUGAAAUAAGGCAGUUAUGCUUGUACUGUACUUCACUUGCCCAAAUAUCCCAUCCACUUGCCCAAAAUGAGUUGACCAUACCUAGAGUGAAGUGCUUUUUUGUGUGAUCAGGUAGUAUUCAUUAACGUGGUGUUUUCCAUUGAUUACCACAUGCAAGACAAUCUUUAGCAAGCUGAUAUUUAGUCUGUAAUCAGUAAAUGAUUGAAAAAAAUUCACUGGCAAGGUCCAUAAAAACAUGCAUAUUCAAAAGUAUAGAUUAUUGCAUUUUAUCUGUAUACAAUAUUACUUUUGUUUGUAUAUGUUAAAAGUUGACUACAGAAAGUUUCCAAAAAUUUGAUAUUAUGCGGGUUCUUUUACCAUUAUUAUUAUUCCAGUUUGCUUGUAACAUAAAAGUUUCAUUUAGCAUUAGAGAGUUAUGACAUUGUGACACUUUGGAUUGAUGUUUAUCCUAUUUCUGGUAUUUUGAGAGAAAAUUGCUACGAUUUAUUCUGGAUUGUUUAUCCUUCAGUAGAUUGGUUGAUUGAACCAGUGAAAUAAAAAAACAAACGCACAAAAACUUACUGGGCAUCAUCUUCGAUAAAAACCACAUUUGCACAUAAUGACCUUUGUUUACACAUGGUUUCGGGCCUACGGGGUAAUUAACCAGAUUUCCUUAUCUUUCUAUACUCAUUACUCGGCCACUUUACAUUUUCUACCAGAAUCGUUUGGCACAUGUCAUUUAUUUGUAAUCUUGAACAUUCAGUGUAAGUUUCGUUGGAUUCUGUGAAAAUGUAUUAUCUAUAUCUACCAGUACUCAAGUUUAUCUUGAAGUGUUUAUCCCUGAAGUCCUUUAAUGCAGCUCUAUUAAAUGUAUAUAAUUUCAUAAUAAGAAUAUGUGACUAAGUUAUGUUUUGUGUCAUAUUGCUCAAUUCUGUAUUUACCAACAGAUCAGUUGCAUAAAUGUAAACGUCAGAUGUGUGUUUAAUCGCAUGGGGAAUCUUGUAUUAAGAAUUCCUUGAGAACCAUAGUACUACUACCGGUACAUGUAGCAGUAUUAGAUGACUAUCUUUUUCUAAUGUUGAUAUCUAUGUAAUAACUUGAAAUGUACUUAAUAUUUAAUUAUGCAAAAAUGCAGCAAGAUUUUGAAUAAGAAAAUAUGUAAGAUACUUGUAUUCGCAUGUUUGGGUAAUCACAUAUGUGGAAGGUUAGACAAAAAUAGCAAAUGAUAAUAUGUACAGUGCUUUUCAAAGAUAUUCAAAUCAUUUGAUUGUGGAAAGUGUCCGCUCCUAAUGAUAAAAUAUGAACCCAACCCAAAGAUUCUUGGUUUUUAAAUUACAAAUUACAUAUAAAUGAUAAUUUUCUUUGGGAUGGGUAGGGAUGAAGGUUUCCACAGAGUCUAAUUUUAUCAUUUUUAUGAAAGGAAUUGCAUUUAAAAUAUUGUGUUAUUAUCUUAUGUCAUGUUGCAGGCCUAAACCCCUUUAGUAUUAUAAUAUUGACAACUUUUAGAUGAUAAUAGUUGAGGGUUGAUGGUCGGAAGUUAUCGGUUGUUUGUUUUAUAAUCGGUAUUUAUACAAUAGUUCGGGCUCAUGGUAAAACAAUGUUAUCGAAUAUGCUAUCAUGUGUUGACUGUUGAACAUCAUUGUGUUAUGAUUGUUUGUUGAACAUGUUUAGAAUGUUUUAUUCAGAUUAAGCCUGUAAGCACUGUUAUAGAUUUAUUGCAGUUUAUAUAAUAGAUAAAGAUAAUAACUAGCAGAUGGUGUUUUCAGUUACUCGUGUUAUUUUCUAGAUAUACAUUUUCAAAAACAGUAUUCAUUUGUAUAAAACUAAUUUCUCAUAUUUCUUUCAGAAUUCUAUGGAGUACCAAGUAAAUUGUUAAAGACUUCUGAACAUCUAUUGUUC